GUUUUACUGAUAUACUCGAUUAUUCACUAUUAUAAUGAGGUCAUAUCUUUCUCAGUGCACAGAUCGGGAUGUAUUACAGUGCUGUACAUCCGCCUGCUGGACUUGAUGCUGUUGGCUGCUCACUAUCUUCCUACUGUCGAUUUAUUCCCACGUGAUUUUGUGCCUUCAGCAUUUAACCGAUGGUUUGCAAGGAAGGGAGGCAUAGUUUCCCUUUUGUCUUUUAUUUAGAAGCUACACAUUAAUGACGCUGAUGUAGAAAACUCAACACCCAGUCUCCUUCCCUUUUAUCAUAUAGCAGAAACAGUGGAGGCAAAUUUUGUUUACGUCCGUCACGCAACCAAUCGAGUUUUUGCCGGGGGGGGGGCGCGACCAAUGAGAAGAGCCGCUGUGAAAGCGUAGGGCGGAAAUAAGUAGCGCCGAGUUCCCGGAAACCAUCACAGUAAAGUAGUCAGCUGGGCGAAAUGUGGUUAAGUGUGGUUCACGUACCCUCGUGGUUUUUAGAGGAAGUUUGACCGUAAGGUUUUAUUUUGACAGAUGUAAGCGGAAGUGCAGUCGGCGGAGUUUACGUCACUUGACGGCAACACCAAGAAAGAAAGCAGGAUGUAACCUAACGGUACAUGUACUGUAUCGAGCUCGCCCCUCAUCAAUCCAGCCGUCGGCACUCCGUCUCCCCGUUAAUGUCGACGCGGCGGGUCGGCCCCGGGUGAUGGCCGAUGUGCGGACCGUCAUCUGAGACCACCAACGUUUGAAAAGAUGUCCGGCAUCCUCGAUGCGGCGUCCAAAGUGAGAUGGGACCGCACUGCUGCGGCGAAGCGAGCCGUGCUCCUUGCGGCGGCCGCAUACGGCGUUAAAACGCUCUACCCCAUCAUCUGCAGGCAGCUCGGCAGCGGCGGUGGUCCCGGGAGGAACCGCCGGGUCUCGAAGGAGGAGAACGGCUCCGCCUGCUCGGGAAACGCGCAGCUGGACGCGGCGGGCCGCGGGAAGCCGUCUCCGGCGGUGAACGCAGCGUUUUUCAAGCAGAUCCUCGAGCUUGGCAAGAUCCUCUUCCCCAAGCUCGUGUCCAAAGAGCUCGCGCUGCUCUCCUUGCACUCGCUCGCGCUCGUAUCCAGGACGUUUCUGUCGAUAUACGUGGCGAGCCUGGACGGCAAGAUCGUCAAAACGAUCGUGGAGAAGGAGCCGCGCAGCUUCAUCCUCCAGCUGAUCAAAUGGCUCCUCAUCGCCAUCCCGGCCACGUUCGUCAACAGCGCCAUCCGGUACCUGGAGUGCAAGCUGGCCCUGGCCUUCCGCACCCGGCUGGUGAACCAUGCCUACCGGACCUACUUCACCGACCAGACCUACUACAAAGUCAGCAACAUGGACGGGAGGCUGGCCAACCCGGACCAGUCGCUCACCGAGGACGUGAUGAUGUUUUCCCAGUCGGUGGCUCACCUCUAUUCGAACCUCACCAAGCCCAUACUGGACGUGGUGCUCACUUCCUACACGCUGAUCCAGACCGCCAGGUCCAGGGGGGCCAACGCCAGCGGGCCCACACUGCUGGCCGGACUGGUGGUCUUCGCCACCGCCAAGGUGCUGCGCGCCUGCUCGCCCAGGUUUGGGAAGCUGGUGGCCGAGGAGGCUCACAGGAAGGGCUACCUGCGCUACGUGCACUCCAGGAUCAUCGCGAAUGCUGAGGAGAUCGCUUUCUACAGGGGUCACAAGGUGGAGAUGCGUCAGCUGCAGAAGUGCUACCGGGCCCUGGCGGACCAGAUGAAGCUGAUCCUGUCCAAGCGCCUCUGGUACAUCAUGAUCGAGCAGUUCCUCAUGAAGUACGUGUGGAGCAGCUGUGGGCUCGUCAUGGUUGCCGUGCCGAUCAUCACGGCCACUGGCUUUGCCGACAAUGAAACGGCGGAUGGCCACACGCAGGUGAAGGUGAGCGAGAGGACGGAGGCUUUCACCACCGCCCGCAACCUCUUGGCCUCGGGGGCCGACGCCAUCGAGAGGAUCAUGUCAUCCUACAAAGAGGUCACAGAGUUGGCAGGCUACACCGCACGUGUCCACAACAUGUUCAAGGUGUUCGAGGACGUCCAGCGGGGAGUUUACAAGCGCUCGUCUCUGUCGACCACCACGGGAGAAGAGAAGAAGAGCAAGCCCGAGAUGCACAUAGAUGGGCCGCUGGAGAUAAAGGGUGAAGUGAUAGACGUGGACCAAGGCAUCGUGUGUGAGAAUGUACCAAUCAUCACACCCAACGGGGAUGUGGUCGUGUCCUGUUUGAAUGUGAAGGUAGAGGAGGGCAUGCACCUGUUGAUCACGGGGCCCAACGGCUGUGGCAAGAGCUCCCUGUUUAGGAUCCUCAGCGGCCUCUGGCCCGUCUACGGCGGCCGGCUUCACAAGCCCUCUCCUCAGCACAUGUUCUACAUCCCUCAGAGGCCCUACAUGUCCAUUGGUUCACUGCGGGACCAGGUGAUCUACCCCGACUCAGUGGAGGACAUGGCUGCCAGAGGCCUGAGUGACAAGGACCUGGAGGCCAUCUUGGACAUAGUCAACCUCAACCAUAUCGUCACCAGAGAGGGAGGCUGGGAUGCUGAACUGGACUGGAAGGACGUGCUGUCGGGGGGCGAGAAGCAGAGGAUGGGCAUGGCUCGCAUGUUUUACCACAAGCCUAAAUAUGCCCUGUUGGAUGAGUGCACCAGUGCCGUGAGCAUUGACGUGGAGGGGAAGAUUUUCCAGGCCGCCAAAGACGCUGGCAUCUCCCUGCUCUCCAUCACGCACAGACCCUCCCUGUGGAAGUACCACACCCACCUGCUGCAGUUCGACGGGGAGGGCGGCUGGCGCUUUGAGCAGCUGGACACGGCGACGCGCCUCACGCUCACCGAGGAGAAGCAGCGGCUGGAGGCGCAGCUCGCCGGCAUCCCCGAGAUGCAGCAUCGCCUCAACGAGCUCUGCAAGAUCCUGGGAGACGACUCUGUCCUCAGGACAGCCGAGGAGUGAGAGGGGGAGGGGGAGAGGGAGGGGAGGCAGGGGCCCAGAGGGGGAAAGAGACAAUGGGGGAAAAGAGCAGAGACUGAAGUGAGGAGAGGAGGAGAGUGUGGGAGACGGAAACGCAAUGAAACGCAAAAAGAAAUGUAGAGGGGGUUUGUAAGUAGUCUUUUUUUUUUUUGCUUGCUCAGAUGUUUUUUCUUUUCUUCUUUUGCUCCGAGCCUCUACCGUCAAAGCAGGAGAGCUGUGAAUGCCAACCAGUCUUUCAGCUCUCCCCUCCCUCUCUCCUCUCCCUCUUCUUUCAAAUCUUUCCUUUGCCCUGCUCUCCAGUCAGAAGAGAAACAGAGGGAGGGGCGGAAGCUAAGUGAAUUCAAGUACUGUGGCCGCACACAUUAUGUCAAUGGUGGACCUCAAAUGGUUUGGUUCGUGUGUAUAUAUAUAUAUAUAUAUAUAUAUAUAUAUAUAUAUAUAUAUAUAUAUACAUAUAUACAUCAACCGCCAGAUAAUUUCUGGCAGAACUGACCAAUCUCAAGUUGACCGCGACGAUUCACGUCUUCAGUUUGUUUUUUGUCACUUUACUCUGCUUUUUAGGGGGCUGUCGGUGUUCGUCGUGGUAGCGCACGGUGAAACGAGACGGCCACUGUGUUUCGAGCUGGAAAACUUUUUUUUAAAUAUUGAAACCACUUAAAUGUUGUCAAAAAAGUAUUCCACACUCAGUGUACUGGGGGGGGGGGCUCUGCAGGAUCCACAUUUUGUUUUUAUCUGCGUGAUUAUAUCGGUAAAUUCGAGCGAAAUUCGCUGAACAACCACAUGACCUCUUUUGUUUUCCGGAGGUCGCGUGAGACUGUUCUUCACCGAGUCACAAUCUGCCUUUUGCUUGGUUUGUGGCCAGUGAACGCCCGCAGUACAGUCCGUUUCUCUAUACCUCACUUUUAUAGGCCUCGUCGGGUUAUACGAGACUCCCGAGCCACCGACGCGGGCUCCGUUGCUGACUUGCGAUAAAGAAGAGGUCUAUUAUUAGAGCUAUUAGCAACGCAGCUCCGACUCCAACAACUAUAGCAGUUGUGGUUUCGUGAACAAACACAAUGAAACCGAAGGGGCCCCGUUGAAACGAAGAGGAGCGAGAGCAAGGCGGGCACUGGUGGCCUUUCAGAUACACGUACACACACCGGCCACCUGUCGAAGCUACUCCCCUCUCCUCGUGUUGACACAAAACACACUGUGUGUGUGUCUGCUGCGUGUCAGGUGCCCGCUGGGACUGCGAGUCCUCUUGAGCCUGUUUUACAUGCACAUUAACGCACAGAGGCACUGGACUAUCAUAUAAAUUCGAUUUAAAAAAACAUUUUUUUAUUUCCCACCUCUCUACAAUGGAAGUGUAUGUUCACAUACACUUACAUAUUCCAGAUUAUAUUCUACUCUUAUUAUGUCAUAAUAUUUCAAGGCCUUAUUGGGUUGUACAAAAUUUUGCAUGUUUCCUAAUCGGGCUAAUAUAUUCAGAGGUACAGAGCGUGGGGGUCAGACUUGUUUAUAGACCUAAGCUGCUUCGAUGGCCGACGCGAGGGAACUGGCGUUUUUUUUCUCCAGUUGCAGUCACACGUAGAUUGUGCUUGUCCUCCUCAUCUAGCCUCAGUGUUCGUCACCAGCAAUUUACCCCGAGGUCGUGAUACUGUGAAGCUAGUGAUUUGUUUGCGUGAACUCUAUUUUUGCUCUAAGGAGAAACACUGUGUUUUUUUAUGUGGUGGUUCUAAGCUGUGGCAGUGGCUGCUUAUGUUAUUUAUCCGGUAUUAUUGAUAUUAUUAUUAUGAGGUUGAGACCUGUGCCCACGCUCCAGCCAUGUCCUGCACAUCUAGGCUGUGGUAUGGUGCACCAGGCCCCUCCAAUUUAUACUGGGGUUCAAUGGGACGGGGGGAAUCAUGUGAUACAAUUGUGCCAUUCAUUUAUUAGUCUGCAGGUUUCACCACAGACGUGCUUUCAUUCAUAAUGGUCCUAAAGUAAGUGACACAAAAAUCACCUAGAAACAUUUAAAUUCAUUAGCGUGUGUUAGCGCCACAUUAGAAACAUUGGCCGCAGUGAAAUAUACACAUGAUUGGUUCAAAUGUGACACAAACGCAGGAUUUUCUUCAUCUAAUUCUCACACUGUCCUGCAUCCACGCGACUCGACCCACUGUCACUGUCGGGCUCGAGGGACGAGCACAGUGUGAGAAUACCAAGUCAUCUCGCUGGUUUAAUAUGCCACUGAUUUGUUAGCGUGCACGGCGACAAACCUUCGUGUCCGCGUGCACGUCUUCAUGAAGAGAAUGGACAAUCAGUCACAUCAUCGGCAGAACAGGAACAUGGCUUUUUUAAUUUAACUACAUCUGCAUUAUCUAGAUUGAUACGGAACAUAUAUUGUAUGUUGUUUCAUACACGUCAAAGUUGAAUGACGCUCUCAGGCCUUUUUUUUUUUAUGACCUGAGCUCUGACUCCAUUCAGGAUGUCUAAAAUUGCCACGUCUUUACUUUAUUUAUUUUUUUUAACCCUUGAAAACCUCCUCUUUUGGCUUUUAGUGGACGAGAACAGAAAAGGAUUUAAGACCAUUUGAAUGCAGCCCUGGUCCGAGCGGGGUGACGGCUGCGAGGUUACUGAAGGACACACUUGAGAUUUGCCCCCCCCCCCCCCCCCCCCCGAAUGUGACUGAAAAAUAAAUAUAGUUAGUGACUGAAAUGAAUUCCUCAUAUCCAAAGGAAUAAUAACAGGAAUACUGUUGUCAUACAAAAAAAUAAGAGUUUUUUUCUGCUUUCAUUUGAUCGCUGUGUGUGUGUGUGUGGGGGGGGUCAGUCAGACUCUGUUGACAGGAGCCGCUGAAUGACACAGAGUCUGCAAAGUGACACUGGUUCACAAGGUCAGCUAAAGGGCGGACGGUGCCGGAAAUACAUAGGAAUGAAUAACAGUCUGCGAUGAAGCAUUAUCUCAAGUAAAAAGGGGCCGUCUUCCUUUGUGCGAUCGUGCCGCUGCAACGUAGUGUGUUUUCUGUGAGCUUUCACAGAAACUUUUCACGCCACAUUUUCUCCAGGGAAAUAUUAGACGGGGAGCUGUUGUCCCAUUGUAUUGGUAACAGUUCAGUCAGGUUAACUGCUCCACAAGAGAGCGCAGUGCUGCAUCUGGAUCCAUAUGUCAUAAUUUCCUGAUAUAAAAAUACAUGUGGGAAGAUGCUCUAUCUCCCUUCUUAAACUGGAUCUGGUCCAAAAAUUGAAUAUGUUCUCUCUUGACCCCCGUGCACCAUCCCCUGCGCCACGUUCGCCACAAAUCCUGCCAAAGAGCCCAAAAGGGCUUUUUUGCGUUAUCCACCUGACGAAUAAACAAAAACAAAAACAAACAUCAUCUCCUCAGUGGAGUUAAUAAUUAUCCACGGGUGAGCUUGUGAGGCACCUCAUCAUGUAUUUUCCCCUCAUGAAACAAACGGAGAUAUCUUGUGGUCCGCUACGCUGCGUGACUCCGCCGUGUACAGUAAUGACGUCCUUACUAACAAAACUUUGACACCGAAAAUUUUUCAUUCCAUCGUCCUUUUUUUGUGAGUAAGAGAUUGAACGUGUCCGUCGUGUUGUGAUGAGGUCAAGAAGUGUGUUUCAAGUGGGAUUGACUGGACGUGUGGUUUGUGAAGUGGGAUUACGGAAAGGACAAUGCUUCUCAAGUUGAACUUUCAUGUUCUUCCAGUGGUGUAAGGCAGUCCGAUCAAUAUUUAUGAAAGGUCGAGAGUUUCUGAGGUAUCGAUCAGACCGUGCUGGUUCACAGAAACAACAUGCAGUGAUUCUCCUCUCAGAGCCAGGGAUGACUACAGUUUAGAUUGAAUACAUAGUUACUUUAAAUAGGGCUCUGUCUGCAAUCAAAACUCCCAUACUUAUAUAUAACUAUUUGAUAUUUUUAAUUCCUGUAAUAUUAGCUCAGACCUCCUUUAAUGAGAUCUCAUUGUGCAUGUGUAGGAAUCUGUAUUCCCCAACCUCAGGCGGUACGUCGGCGUACGGGGACAGCUGUUAAGAAAUCAUGUGCUGAGGUCACUUUACGUUGAAAGAUGAAGAUGUAUUUUCUUGUAAAUAAAACGAAUACAUUGCAGCUUUGAA